AUGCUUUUUAAGGUGGCUUGGCUGAGGGUGGACACCCAAACCAUUCUCACUAUACACGGCCAUGUAAUCACCAAGAAUCAUAGGGUGGCAGUUUCGCAUAGUGAUCACAGGAUUUGGUAUUUACAUAUACGAGAUGUCAGAGAAUCCGAUCGGGGUUGGUACAUGUGCCAAAUCAAUACCGAACCCAUGAUUAGCCAGGUUGGAUUCGUCAACGUUGUCGUGCCGCCUGACAUUUUGGAUCAUCCUACAAGCAGCGACAUGGUUGUCAGGGAAGGGUCAAGUGUAAUAUUAAAAUGCGCUGCUACCGGGUACCCUAAACCAAAUAUAGUAUGGAAAAGAGAGGAAGCUAAAUCGAUCCUCUUAGACAGUGGAGACGAAGUUUCUUUGGUGGAGGGUAGCGAGUUUCAUUUGAAUCGGGUCACUAGAUUGCAUAUGGGACCCUAUCUCUGCAUUGCCUCCAACGGCGUGCCACCCACGGUCAGCAAAAGAAUCAUGCUAAUAGUCCAGUUUCCGCCGAUGAUUUGGAUUCAGAAUCAACUGGUUGGCGCCAGCGAAAAACAGGAAGUCACCCUGGAAUGUUAUUCCGAGGCCUAUCCCAAAUCAAUUAACUACUGGACAAAGGACGAUGGCCGUAUCAUUACCCAAGGGGCAAAAUACGAGCCGCACAUGGACGACAAUGCAUACAAAGUGCACAUGAAAUUGACAAUUCGAGCGGUGAGCGCAACCGAUUUCGGAUCUUACAAGUGCAUCUCGAAGAAUUCGUUGGGCGAAACAGAUGGCACCAUAAAACUUUAUCAUGUUCCAUCAACGUCGCCUCCAUCGUCGGUCACCAAGGCAACGGAAAUUUUGUCUUCUAGAAGAAGUAAUAUUAGAGAUGGCGGUAAUUCAGUUCACAACGGAUACAUGGAGGACGGUAGACACACUAAGUCAAAGGACUCACCGGAGCAAGCAGUGCUUGCAGGAACAGAUCACCUAUUGCAAAAUGGAGCUACGUCGGCCAAAACGAUAGACCAUCAGCUAACGGUAAUAUCGAGCACAUCAGCGACAAAUGCUCGAAGUUUUUGUACCACUUUGUUUAGUGUUUCCCUCAUAUCAAUCUUCAUUCUUAAUAUUUAAACUACAUAAGACCAUUCUAUGUACAGUACAUACAAAGAAUAAGAAGAAAUAUAAUCCAAAAAAUCCAAGUGAUAUGUAUGUAUAAAUAAUAGCUAGUUCAUUUGAACAUUUACAUUAACCUAAACGUAGAAUCAGUAUUAAUCAUUACAUAUUUUAAAGAUUUCCUUGUCUCUAAUCCGAUAACGAGAUGUCUCUAUUAUUAUUAAGCUACUAUUAACAUCACUGUACUACAAAACGUUUUUCUUCUAAGAAAAUACUUUUAUUAUCUCCAUAUGAUUUUAAAUGCCUACAAUAAUAAUAAUUUUCUGUAUAUAUUGUAAAGCUGAAUUUUUAAUUUUACCUAAAGUUAGUUAAAUUUCAAAUACCCAAGUGUUGUAAUUUAGAUUUACUUCGAUUUUUAA